ACGGCAGCGGCGCUCAUGGACCCCAAGUCCCCCGACGACCGCCCCCAGGCGGCGGCGCCGCAGCCGCAGCCGCAGCCUCUCGAGUGGCGGUUCGCGCAGGUCUUCGGCGAGCGCGGCGCCGGGGAGGACGUGCAGGAAGUUGACAUCAUCUCUGCAAUUGAAUUUGACAAAUCCGGUGACCAUCUUGCCACUGGAGAUAGAGGUGGUCGUGUUGUUUUAUUUGAAAGAACUGAUGCCAGGGGUAGUGCUAGUCGGACAGAACUUGAGAGACAAGAUUACCCGGUGGCUAGGCAUCCUGAGUUCCGCUAUAAAACUGAGUUUCAAAGUCAUGAACCGGAGUUUGACUACCUAAAAAGUUUGGAAAUAGAGGAGAAGAUAAACAAGAUCAAGUGGGGCCAAACAGCCAACAACGCACUCUUUAUCUUGUCUACAAAUGACAAAACAAUCAAGUAUUGGAAGGUGCAAGAUAAGAAAGUAAAACGAGUUUCAGUGAUGAAUCUGGAUGCUUCCCAAAGUUCAGACAAUGGUACAACUUCCAGUUCGAGUACCAGUAGCUCUAGAGGCCUUCUUCCGAAUGGAGGAUGCGCAUCACUGCGCUUGCCUGUGGUAGUUACAGGCCAAGAUUUAAACCCUGUCGCUAGAUGCCGGCGUGUAUAUGCACAUGCCCAUGAUUACCAUAUUAAUUCCAUUUCGAAUAAUAGUGACGGCGAGACAUUCAUAUCAGCAGAUGAUCUGCGAAUCAAUCUGUGGAAUUUGGAAAUUAACAGUCAGAGCUUUAAUAUUGUUGAUGUGAAGCCUACAAACAUGGAGGAUCUAACUGAGGUGAUUACAUGCGCGGAGUUCCAUCCAACUCAUUGUAAUACACUAGCCUAUAGUAGCUCAAAGGGCGCUAUCAGGCUUAUUGACCUGCGGCAAUCAGCACUGUGUGACAACCACUCUAAACUAUUUGAGGAGCAUGAAGCAGCUGGAUCGAAAUCCUUUUUUACAGAGAUAAUUGCAUCGGUUUCUGAUAUAAAGUUUGCAAGGGACGGAAGACAUAUUCUUAGUCGUGAUUAUAUGACUCUCAAGUUAUGGGAUCUCAACAUGGAUUCAGGCCCAGUAGCAACAUUCCAAGUUCAUGAACAUUUAAGGCCUAAGCUUUGCGAUCUAUACGAAAACGAUUCUAUCUUUGACAAAUUUGAAUGUUGUCUGAGUGGGGACGGUCUUCGUGUUGCGACGGGCUCUUAUAGUAAUUUGUUUCGUGUUUUUGGUGGUUCUUCUGGAAAUACAGAGGCAACCACUUUAGAAGCAAGCAGAAACCCUAUGAGGCGUCAGGUUGCUAAUCCAACAAGGCCUGCAAGAACGCUGUCCUCUUUGACCCGUGCUGUGAGGAGAGGUGGUGAAAAUGCAGGAGCUGAUGGCAAUGGGAACUCUAAUGACUUCUCAACAAAGUUACUCCAUCUUGCGUGGCACCCAACUGAGAAUUCCAUUGCGUGUGCUGCUGGAAAUAGCUUGUACAUGUAUUAUGCAUAGGGAAUGUGCCAGAGAAGAUUCACUAGUUUUGGUUUAUUCAACGUGAAAGCUCUAGCCUUCCACAUGCAACCAGGGAAACAACAUUGUUGUCAAUUCCGUGAUUGGGGCCAAAAGAGGCGGUUGGCACCCACGAGAUAUCCCCUCCAAGCAUAGCAGACUAUUUCCUUCUGAUUCUUUAGUAAAUGUGAAACACAAAUUCUAAAGUUUUUGGGUCUCAGGAUAUAAUUGUAGCUCCCUUUGUAGCCAAAAAAUACCAGCAGUUUGAGGACAGAGCAGAAGAUAGCAAGGCUGAUUCUAAUUUCACUUGGUCACAGGAAAUGUCUGCUUAAGGUGGAUGUAAGAAAUUUUCUUUUUUAUCUUCACGUGUAAUGUAAUGCCGCCUAGCCAGGGUUAACCAUCUGCUGUCACGAAUCUGUGGACAUAAAUUGUUACUUCAGUUGUUGUAGAUCUUCUCCCUUGUUCUGUUUGUUGGAUGGUCCAAACUUACAAAUAAGUUUGCAUGAGUGUACCUGAACCAAUGCUGCAUGUGAUAGUUGUAUAGUACAUUUGGCCCGGCAGAGCUCACAACUAUUGAUAUGGAUUCUGGA